CCGCUUUCCCAUUUUUCCCCUUAUUUUUUUUACUUGUAUUUUCUGGAGCAUGCCGUCGUUUUGAGCCUUGUGCGUCAUUCUCCCCCAGCGGUUGAAGGAUCGCCCAUACAAAAAAUUACGGUGCUGGACGUUUGCUGUUUGCCCGUUUUUACUUUUGCCUUCACCAGUUGCCCAAAGCUUUGCAGGCUGUUUUUUUUCUUUGUUUCUUUUUUAAGAUUGCUUCUUCAAACCACCAAUUUUUAUUAUCUCUGUUGUCUCUGCUGCCAAUUCCUUUCUUUCCCCUAUAGCACACCGCUGUACUUGACAAGCCCGUACCGCAGCACCCUUCUGAGCUAUCGGCAACGUUCCCCCACUGUCGCCACCAAGCAUUCAGGGAACCCACCGCCCAGCGCCUGUUGCAUCACAGCACCACCGCACGCCCACUGUACAGUACCGCACAGGCUUAUGCCUACCGUGCCCCCUGCCCUUCCCACUUACCUUCUCCUCCUCCUUCCCUCCUUCUUCAUCACAAUCUCCAGUCCUGAGAAGAGCGUCCAGGCUGCUUCGUUUCUACGCCGCCAUCCCCAAUCCUCCUGGCCGUUUUAUUCUUCUUUCAAACUCUGAAGCACUUCUCCAUCACAUGUCUUUAUCACAUUGACCUUAUUCUAAACUUUAUCCCUAAUCAGUCGUUACUUUCAGCAUCCCCUCCCAGCGACCAAAAUCACAACUUUGCAAAGCGAUCGAUUAGCAGCCAACACCUCGCACCAAGAGGCUGAGCGUUAAAAAAAACUUACCGACCUGUUAUAUUCUUAUUAUUACUACCGCCUAUAUCAUAUUCCGUCGCUGCCCGCAUAGCACGCGCACUAGAGGAGCCGAUUCGCGCCGCAACGUAGCUUAGAGUUCUCUGCUCUCACUCAAGGGCCGCCCGCCAGCACUCUAUCCGCCAUGGCUACCAUGGCCGCCUCACCUCCUCCCAUGCCGCUCUCUCCAACCUCGCCGAACCACAAGCAGCAGGCUUCGAUAUCUAGUUUGGCUAGCGGAACCCUCUCCGAUGUUUCUACCCCUCGCAAGCCUGUCCCCAUUUCCACCUCCGCACCAGCUCUCGAGGAACCCCCAGCUCGCCUACGACACGCGCCAGUCUCUCCGCCUCAAUCUGCUCAGUUUGAGCUAGCUGACCACACUGCCGCUCUCUCCCUCGCUGAUGGUGCGGCAAAGCCUCACAGCGUAGACCCGCAACAACGCGUUCGAGCUCAAGAUAGUUAUCGUCAUAGCGGCGGCUCAGAUGAGACUGGAAGCAACUCUCAGCCCGGAAUCUCCGCCGAAUCAUCUGCCAACACUAGUGCUAGCUCUGUAUCUGGCGGUGCCGGCGACAAUUUUGAUUGUGGCCCUGCCGGCGAUUCCCCUGGUAGCUCUGUCAUUGAUGGUGCAGCCAUUCCUAGAGCCGUCUCUGUUCCUCAGUUUCAGUAUCACCACCAGCCUGAUGCCGAACAGCCUCCCAUGCCUGAUCCCAUGGACAGCGGUAUUCACAUCCGCCGCCAUCUUACACCCACGUCGAACUUUUUGCGCCGAAGCUCUCUGCCUCGCCCUCAGUCGUCUUAUUCCAUGGUCUCAGACCGCAGCCGUUCCCCAGCAAUGGGAAAUAUGCGCAUUGCCUCUGCUGGCGCUCGUAGAUCGCCUGACAACCGCAACUCGACGUAUGCGGAGCUUCUUAACGUCCCCUACCCCCAACCGGCUCCGGCUCCGAUAACAUUGGACAACUCCAACCUUCGAUCUGCCAUUGGCACGAACGCGUCCCUUCUCAGCACCCAGAAGACGCUCGAAAUGUACCGCGCCAACGUGAAGAAAACAACCGACUUCUCUAUCCAGUACUCUUUUGCUGUUUUCCUCAUCUCUACCGCACAGGAACAAGGCUUGGAUUUCACGGACCCCAAGGCGAAGAAGGCUGCUCAGCAAGAACCGCUCAAGGAUCUUGAUAGCCCUGUUAUGGAAACCAAGGUGGCUACACCAUACGAGUUGGUUCGCGAAGCUCGCUCCAUUCUCCAGCGCCUUGCCAAUGGCGGAUACCCCUUUGCGCAAUACUAUCUCGCCGACGGCUACUUCUCUGGCCUCUUCAACAAGGGUAAGCCUGAUUAUAGCACCGCCUUCCCACUAUUCGUUUUAGCGACGAAGCAUGGUCACGCCGAAUCCGCUUACCGUACUGCUUUGUGCUACGAGUUUGGCUGGGGCUGCCGUAGAGACCCCGCCAAGGCUGUGCAGUACCUUCGCACUGCCUCUGCCAAGCGCCACCCGGGCGCCAUGACACGACUUGGUAAGGCGUGCUUGUUGGGUGAUCUAGGCGAGAAGCGAUACCGUGAGGGUAUCAAAUGGAUGAAGCUGGCGACCGAGUCUGCCGAUGCUCAGUACAAUGCGGCGCCAUAUCAGUUGGGAUGUCUCUAUGAAACUGGCUACGGAGACGACAUUUUCAAGGAUCUCAGCUACGCCGCAGAGCUCUUCACUCAGGCUGCCGAUCUUGGUCAUCCCGAGGCCAACUACCGCAUGGGUGAAGCUUAUGAGCAUGGGCUGCUCAACUGUCCUCGCGACCCUGCCUUGAGUGUGCAUUUCUACACCGGAGCUGCUGAAAAGGAGCAUGCUGGUGCGAUGAUGGGACUCUGUGCGUGGUACAUGGUUGGCGCCCUCCCCAUUUUGGACAAGGACGAGGAAGAAGCCUACGAAUGGGCGCGCCGUUCUGCUGAGCUCGGCUUCGUCAAGGCCCAGUACGCCCUCGGCUACUUCACAGAGAUGGGCAUUGGUUGCCGUCGCGAUAUCCUCGAAGCUAACCUGUGGUAUGUCCGAGCUGCCGACGCUGGUGACGAGCGGGCCAAGCAACGUCUGCUUGUCAUCCAAGCUGCCGUCAAUGGUCAAGGCACACCUAUGGAUGUUGCUGCACCACGCGGAGCUAAAGGCAAGGGCGGCAAGGACGACAAGGACUGUGUGGUAAUGUAAGAGGAUCUUUGAUCCAAUUUCAGCAUACCAUUACAGUUCAACUCUAUAUGAUGCCUAGGGCUUUUGUAUCCCAACGCAUGACACGACACGACAGCGCUUUCGUCAAACCUACUUCUUAUUAAUCGACACAUCAUACGACAACUUGUUACACCAUCGAGCAGAUGCUAUUGGGACCUCUGGAUACCCCCCAACUAGCUGUGUCGAUGCGGUCUCCUCUUUUGGCUCUCGAACCGACUUGUAUUCAUUUGUCGUCAUUCGUUUCAGUCUUUAUUUUUCUGUUUGGACACUAGAACUAUACUCCAGCUUUGAUUUUUUCUACCUCAGAAAGCAUACUUUGUUGUUUCCUUUGUCUUACCUAUUAUAUGGGUGUAUACUUGUUGCUUGUUUUGUUAUCAUUCCUUUCUUUGAAAGUUGAAAACCUUUUGGAUGCCAGGUGUUUUCUGUGAUUGACUUUGCUUUACUGUCUGCCAGACAGGUUGUGGUUUUUGGUUCACCAUUUUUUUUUGUCUUCAUUGCGAUAUUCUUCAUAAGAUGGGAGCUAGCGGUAAUAAUGGCA